CAACCGAACAAAGACGACAGGCGCUUUUCAAACAGCCGCUUCCCUGAAAGUUGGCUGCGGUAGAGCUGGGCUGCGCUGGCUGCUCCCGGCCGCCGGAGAACGCGGCAGCGAGUUGGUGCCGUCGCCUGAGAGGACCCCGGCAGCCGUCGGGAGUCCCUGUACGUGGGUCCUCUGCCCAUUCGCUUCUGUGCAUUGAGCUCGUUUGGGUGCUGGGAGCGGCGUGGGGAAGGAUGAGAGGAACCCCCGGCAGUGGUGCGGGCACAGGGAAGGUGCAGCAGGACAGGGCUCCGGGCCCGCGGCCGUGCGGAGGCUGGUGCGGUUCUGAUGUUCGGUGUCGGAGCUGGGAGUGGCAUGCCUGAUCUGAAGUGCUGUCCUCCAGCCGCUUCUUAAACUCAGAAGCCUGCCCAGCAAUUUUCCAGCGAAGUGCAGAUUCCUUUAGAUACUGCCCAUGUGUUGGUGGACGAGCAGCAGAUGAAAUAACAGAGCUGUGUACAGGACGGUGUCUUCUCCAGACCCAAGGGCAGGCUCUGCAGCACCAGCAGUUCCCACAUGGAGUUUCUACAGUUCUGCUUGCCGUGACCUUCUGGGCCAUCAGGGAACCACAGUGGAGUCCUGCCAGCCUUGUGCAAUGACCCAUCACUUGCCAGGACUCUCUCCAGGCUUCCUGAGACACUGAGUUGCUGCUUGAGAUCCUGACUGCUUCUGAUUCCUCACUGCUGCUGGCAGGGUGGGAUUGAUGUCCAGUUCAGGACACUGGGAAGAGCCCAGCCCAUCACCAUCCUCUUUGCCCUUGGCAGACUGGGGGACCAAGCUAGACCCCUCUCUCUAAAGGGGCUCCACGUGAGCAAGGGACAGGCUUGGAGCUGUCCAUAUUCACUCUGGUGGGAAGAGCCACCUCCUUCACCCUUUCCACCUGGGAACCGUGUCACUGCUGGGGAUGGCAACACAUGGACUCAGAGCAAGGACCAGGAGCCUGGCAGCAAGGCACUAGCUGAGCCUGAGCGCCAUCACGGGGCAUAGAGCUGCUGGGGGGUGCCAGCAUCCCCACCACGGAUGCACUGCGGGGAUGUAGGUGCCGGGCGCAGCAGGAGUCCCGGCAGCAAUGGGCCGGCUGGACGACCAUGCCAAGAGGAGGAUCGUGGAGCUGCGCAGGGCUGGGCUGAGCUUCCGCAAGAUCAAGAAGGUGCUGGAGCUGGAUGACAUCCGGGUGACGCCGCAGGCCGUGUACCUCUUCCUCAAGAGGAAGAGUGUGGAGCCGGGGUCAGUGGCCCCUGGCUGGGAUGGGGACCAGCCCUGGCCCCCGCUGCAGGGGCAUGAGGCUGAGCCCCCCAGGCUGCUGGGCACCCAGCACCCUGCACUGCCCUCCGGGGAUCCUAUGGGCAGCCGGGCACCCUGCAGGGCUGGCAGCCAGGACACCAAGGAAGGCAUCCAGAUUGUCAGUGUGGCCUCACUCUGCAAGGACGGUGGGCAGCUUGGGGACACUUUGGCUGUGGGGCUGGCCCCUGGAAAUGGUGAUGACAGCUCCACAGGCACAGUCCUGGCACCAGGAACUGCUCUGGGGGGCCUUGCCCCCCUGCCCCAGCCACUGCCCAGCCGAGGGCAGCUGGUUACACCCCCCACCCAGAACUCAGCCCUGGUGGUGAAAAAGAAGACAGUGGACAGGGCUAUCCUCCUGCAGAAAAAGGUCAAAGAUGCCAGCACUCAGACUGCCUUGCCAAACUCUGUGUGUCCAGGAAAUCACAGCCUUGCUUGGGGCGGACCAGUGCCCCCAACUGCUCCCAGCUGCCCUGCCAUUGCCGAGAAGCUGGAUGCUGUACAGAUGGAGGUGCAGAAGCUGAGCCAGGCCCUGCAUGCGGUGCUGGAGCGGCAGUGCCGCCUGGAACGCCAGCAGGAGCACCAGCAGCGGCUGCAGCAGGAGGUGCUGAUGACACUGCAGCAGCUCAGCUCCACCGUGAGCCACGGCGCUGUGCCAGCCACCCAGUCCUGUGGCCCCUUCAGCAGCAUGGCUGAGCCCUCACCCAGCAUGCCAAACUUCAGCCAGUUCAAGAUGGAGCUGAUCUGAGCUCCCACAAGGCCUGUGUGCGGCAGCAGUACUGUGCUAAUGGAGCCAGAUGGAAAAACCAUCUCUCAGAGGCUGCCUAAGGAUUACAUGCAGCGCCCAGCAUAUAAGGUCCCUGGUGCCUCAUGUUCCCAGCCUUGCUGACUGGAAGGGGCUGCCUGGCACAGAAGGCUGGACAGUGGAAGGCUGAGGCCUUGCUCCUCCUGUGCUGCUGAUCGUGGAGGUGACUGGGGCCUAUGGACCUCAGCAGAAGGCAGUUGCCUGCAAGGAGAAGAUGCAGCUAACAUGGACACAGCAGGGAGGUGGGACUCCAAGGAUACAGGAAGCUUCCUUCCCAUGAGGGUCAAUGCCAUGGUGAUCAAUCUUGCCCUCCCCUCCACAAAAGCUUGUUCAGUAAAAAUGUGUCUACACCACGGUUCAGAACCAGUGUGGGAUCAGUAUCUGCCUAUUCCCUACCCCUCACCCCAGCCAGUGAGCAGGCUGGAUCUGUCUGGCUCACUAUCACCAUGCAUGGAACUGCACAGGGUGCAGAAACCCAUGAGGUGAGACCAGCGCUCCACACAUGAUGUUUCUGGAGCCUGGUAUCAGCUGCUGCACCAUUAGGGAUAGAUCAGACUUGUAGGAAACAAUCUUUACUGAGCAGAUUUCACCCUCCUCACCCCACAAACCCAGCAGAUCUGGAGUCUGGUACUGCUGCUGCUCACUGUCUGGCAAGAUACGGGCAGGACCAUAGCAGUAAGAGUUGCACCUGGGCAGGAGAUGAUUAACUGGGUGUUCAGCUCUCCUCCAACCGGUUUUCCUGGGCAGGAUACCCUCCUGGCUGUUGUAAGGGCUCUCCCUAGAGCAGGCUGCUGGUGUUGCAGAGCUGCUCUAGCAGAGCAGGUCAUGAUGCUGAGAACUUCCUUGCCUGACCCAGAAGGGCAUGGCGGAGGCUGAUGGGCCCUCACUGAGCAUUGGAGUCCAGAAGGACCAGAGACUGGCCUUGCCUGCCAGCAGGAAAGGUCUGAUGGGGUGGCCUUGGCUCAGCACCCAGUAGUGAAUCCCAAGGGGAGGCAGAGCAUGCGUCCUUCCCCCACAUCAGCCAAGCAGGCUUCUGUCUGCGCUGGCACCCUGCUUGGCACAGUCUGUGCCUAUGAGAAGUCCCCAGCCUGUUUCUGAGGUCUCUUUGAGUCCAAGGUCAAAAUUAAGAAGGGUAAAAACCAGUGGAGGUGUUUGCGCACAGACACACACACGGAGCUGUACACAUGCACAGAUGUAGAUGCCUGUGGCAGGUCUGUGCAGCAGCAACCCGGUGCUGGGGGGAGCUGUUCACCCGCUCUGCUCCCCCAGGACACGUGGCUGGCCCCAGGGCUCUCAGGCCCAGCUGUGCCCAGGAGAGCUAGAAGUCUGCUGCCAUCUGCCUGCGCUCAUUCAUUUCGAUCUUGGUGUGAUUUUGGGGAUGGCUGAAAAGCAAGAGAUGAAGAAAAACACGUGAUCAGUUGCUCUGCUCUUUUGCACAAGGCAGCUAAUCUGCACCUCAGGUUUGAAAAGAAGAGGCUGGAUGACCAGCACUCAGCAGGCAUUUUCCCAAUGUCUCUGUUAACAUUUCAGAGAAAAAGAGGAGCAGGACAACUGCUGUGCCCUGGCAUGUGUACUUAAAACUGCGCUGGUUUCUGAAAGAGCUUCACUAAAUCUGACUUGGGCUAUUUCUUAAAUUAUUUAUAAAAAAAGAAUAUAUAUAUAUAUAUAUAUAUAUAUAUGUAUAUACAUAUAUAUAUAUAUAUAUACACACUGGGUUUUCUAUUCCCCAAAUGCAUUCUAAGAACUUUCCUCAUUUCUAACUCUUGCACAUCAGCCCUUUAUCCAGUGCUAAAAAAAAACCCAGCAAAAAUUUAUAAAAAUAAACCACCUGGGCUGGUUAAAUGACCCAUCCACUGUAACAUUUAUUUCAGACAGACGUACAGCCUGAAUGUUCAGCUGCUGUUUGCCUCCUGACCACAUUAGGGAACACCAAGUUAUUAUUGAAUAUAGUGUCAUGUUAUAACAUGGAAGGUGUUUUCCACCAAGGUAAUCCUAAGGUGUCUGUCAUUUCCAUCCUGCUCCAAGGAAGAGCUCUUCCCUGUGGCCACAGCAUCAUCUGUUGUGUGCCACAUGCCUUCAGCUUUCUGCUCUCCCACCACAGCAUGUUGUCAGUACCACUGAUGGCCCUUACACUGCACCUACUGACAUUCCCAGCAUGAUUCAGGAUUUACAGGCGUUAUCUUAACCUCCUGCAGAACCUGCAGUCUGCACUGUCAGAAGCAGAGGCUUUGUGAAAAGGAAGGGACUUCUCUGCAAGAAUGAGGAGCAGCAUGUUGAACGGUCUGAAGGCAGUGUAGGUGUUUAGCUGAGUAAAGGAGCAGGUCUCUGUGCAGCAGUUAGAGAGGAGGCCCUGGGGAAGGAGAGGGUGGGGGAUGCACAGCACAUACAACAGUGGUUUCUCACCUUUAUGAAAUAAGAAGCCAGGCCAACAAACAAUAACAGGAACAGGAGAGAUCCUAUAACAAACAGGGAAAUUUCCCAGCCCUGGAAGGAAGAUGGGGGAACAAAGGCAGAGAAGAGGCAUUACAGCCAUGACCUUUCCCAGCAUGGGGGAGGCCUAGGAGGUCACACAUUCCGAAUCACAGAAUGGGUUGGGUUGGCUUGAAUUGAAAGGAACCUUUAAAGGCCAUCUAGACCAAUCCCUUGACAUGGACAGGAACAUCUUCCACUAUUCUAGAUUGCUCCAAGCCCCACCCAGCCUGGCCUGGAACACUUUCAGGGGUGGGGCAGCCACAGCUUCUCUGGGCAAUAACAGGCACUCUUUCUCCCCUGCUACAGCCUUUGUGACAUCCCACCUCUGGACAGUUCCAGCCUGGGUGCCAGUAGCUGCUCCCAGCAGUUGGGUCUCGGGGCUUCCUGGCUGUGUGAGUAAGAGGUCCAAAAGCAAGGGCCUCCCCACUGAAGCCCAGUGGCUUGCCCACAUGUGCCCUCUCCUGUGGAGAUGUCACCUGACCCUGGUCCCAGCUCCACUCACUGUGCUGGAAGCAGAGUCCCUCCUACUUACCACCACUGUGUGACAUGAAUGGCAUAUUUCUGGGGGUGACACACAUAUUUUGGGGGGUUUUCAGAACUCUCCCAUCCAUGGAGAAGGGAUGGGGGCUGGCCAGGAAUCCCUGGAGACAGAUUUUGAUGGACUGCUCCUGCUCUGGAUGCUGAGCCUACACCUGGCCCCAGACCUUCACCAGUGAGCCCACACAUGUCAUGUUAAGCUCUGCCAAGAAACAACAGCACAUUUUGGGUGGUCAGAAACCCUCUGGUGUCAGGGAUCACGCUGCUCCCAUGACUUUGUGCCCUCCUGGUCCCAUGCUCUUCACUUUUCUCCCCCCACUGCUCUGAAAUCAUGCUGCCAUGCUGCAUCACUGGUAACUUGAGCACAUGCUCAACCUUUCUUUUGGUGACAAAAGGGACUUGAGGUUGUCAUCCCACCCAACAGAAUACUUUUUACUACACUUUGUACCUCUACCCACUGGACAGAAUUGACUGACUGAAAUUGUUCAACUGGGCAAAAAGGCAUUUGGAUUAGGGAGACAGAGCAUGGCAGCAGUCUUCCUUACAAAACCAGCCAAAACCCAGAAAACAUUUUCCCUGUCCCUCAAAAGCUGUAGUCCCUAAGGCCUCUAGAAGUGACUAUUUGGUCUGGGUACUUUGAAUAAAUGGAGGAGUUGGGAACCAGA